AUGCGCGGGCCCCUUUCGUCCUUCCCGCGGCCCAUCCCCAACCGCCGUUGCUGCCGCCGCCGUCGGGAAGCUGAGGCUCUGCUCCACCUUGGCCGCCGCAGAUGCCGAAGGAAGGAACUCGCGCCACCCUGCUCGCCGCCGGAUACGCUCAGGAAGAAGCGGAUCUCGGAGCUCCAAGCUCGAGCUCGAGCUCGAGCCGCCGGCGAGGGAGAAGGCAUGGACCCUCCAGUCCAUGGUCCCGCCGUGCCGCGCCUCCGCCAUGGCCCCGCGCGGCCCACGGGGCACCGGUCGCCGAGGGCACAAGCUCCACGAGGCGCCGCGCCGCGGCACGGCUCCCGCCUCGCUCGAGCUCCCCCGCCCCGCAGACCUCCGCGGGCCGCCGCCUCACAAGCUCCCCUGCCCUGCGCGCCACGAGGCGGUGAGCUCCGCCUCUCCACCUCGCCACGCGCCUCCUCUGCCUGGGCCUCGCUGCCGCGCGCGCCUCCGCCUCCGCCUCCUCCGCCUUGGCCUGGCUGCCGUAUCUUCCGCCCCGCGCGCGGCCGCCGGUCCUGCACCUCCGCGCACCUCGGCGAGGCGAGGAGAGGCAGGGGAGGCCAAAGAGGGAAGAAGGCCGGCCGGAGAUCUUGCCGCUGCGUCGAAUCGAGGGAGGGAAGGGCCGCGGCGAAGCUCCGGGAGGAGCGGCGCCAUGGAUCUGCGGGAGGUGGCGCCGCCGGUACGCUUUAG